ACACCCUUUUCCCACAGAAUGUUUUGUUACGUUUUUUUACCUCCCCUUAGCAGAACUCUUUCGCGUUCCGAUCGAAAACGAGGCGACCGGUGUUGACUUGUUUGUUGAUACGUUGAAACGGCAUUGGCAGAGUCAGAUAUGCCGAAAUCCAAAGGGAAGCAGUGUUGUGUUUAUGGAUGUGACAACUUUGCCUUCAAGAAAGAUGGGACAAGCACAGAAAUACAUUUUUUUCAAGUACCAAAAAAGGUUUUGGAAGACAGGAAGUUAAAGCUGCGCUGGUGUUCAUUGAUAAAAAGGCAAGAUGGCAAAGAUGGAUUUUAUAUGAAUUUAAAUACUGUUAUAUGUUCCGAUCAUUUUAAGAAGGAGCAAAUUUCCAUUGCACUUGUUAGUAAAAAAUGGACUUUAAAACCAGACCAGGAACCAAAAGUAUUCCCAUGGAUAACUAUCGAUACUCCCAGAAAAUGUCCAUUGAAGAGGUCAACAACCAUGAGACUACCACUGGAAUCUGUUGUUGAUGAUUCGGAAAAUUUUGAUGUUUCGGAACCACAUGUAUUUGGUGUGGAAAUUGGAAUUCAAGCAGGUCCUGGAACUUGUGAUGUAGGCUGCCAGACAGAUGAUGGUGAUGUGAUGAAUGUGUUUGAUCAUUAUAACCAAUCUACUUAUAACGACCACAUUUACAGCUUUCAUGCCGAUAGUGAUGGUGAGAAUGACAUUGAAAUUCUACAGAAAGAAAUUGAAAAACUGUCAACACAAAUAAAUGAUAUGGAAGAUCAAUUAAAUGAAUAUAAAGGGAAUCGUUUUUCUAUUGAAAAAAUUAAAGAUGACCCAAAAGCAAUGCUGUUCUAUACAGGAUUUAUUAACUAUUCUGUGUUUGAGAGCAUAUUGAAAUACUUAUCGCCAAAAGCAGAAAAACUACGUUAUUGGCGAGGUAAAGGUGAAGACAUUGGUCUAAAUAAUGAUGCUAGACAAAAUGAAAAACAACGUCCAGCAAGAAAACUUUCAAUAGAGGAGGAAUUUUUUAUGAUACUUGUUAGACUGAAAGUUGGACUUUUUGUUCGUGACAUUGCAGAUAGAUUUGGUAUUUGGUACCUUUAG